AUGGUGCUCUACAGCUUCUACAUCUUCGAUCGGCACACCGAGUGCAUCUAUUCGCGCCGCUGGACACCCGCCCGCCCGACAUCGUCCUCGUCCAAACCUGCAGCAGCGCGCCCGCCGUCCGGGGCCUCGAUUGCGAGCAACAAUGGCGACGUGGUGGCUGCCGUGCGCAAGGGCAUGUCGCAUUCGGACGACGAGAAGCUCGUCUUUGGUCUCGUCUUCUCGCUCCGCAAUCUCGUGACUAAGCUCGGGGGCGCCGACGACACGUUUCUUUCCUACCGCACCGGCGAAUACAAGCUGCAUUACUACGAAACACCGACGCGCAUGAAGUUUGUCAUGCUCACCGAUACAAAAGUUAUCAACCUACGCCAAUAUUUGCAUCAGAUCUGGGCCAAUCUCUACGUCGAAUACGUCGUCAAGAAUCCGCUUGCGCCCGUCGAGCAUCCGGGUGGCAUUGGCGUCGCAAACGAGCUUUUUGAAAGGGGUCUAGAGGCCUUUAUAACUGCCGUCCUACCAGUAUGA